AUGUACGCGCCUGUCCGAAAUCUCGAGCUCUCAGUUGUUCACGCUCCUGUGUCUACCUCAUCCGCCAACACUUCGCCCUCAACAACUCCACCUUCCACUCUCUCGCCGAGUCCGACCGUUGCAAGAGGCUGGAUCAACUACAGCUCUGGAUCACCGCCACCCAGAUCCCAGAUGCUAUCACCAGAUAGUUCUUCAAAUGAGUCACUCCCUUCAACUGCACGGCGGGAGAAACGGAGCAUUCUUCGAUCAAGUACCUCUCCAUACGACAUGAAGAAUCAACAGAAAGCCUACUUUCCCCGAAAUAACAAACCUCGUGACUCCCCCUCCAAGACAUUUAUUGAGAAUCCCGAGGAUUACUUCUACGCUGAGGUCCUUGAUGACAUCACAAUCAAUUCCAUGCCCAUUCUUCUCCUGGAGAAGGUAAAGAUCCGUUCAUUUACCUUUCGUCCUGCGACGCGAAACCCCGAAGACCUACAUCGCUUUUCGUCAAGUUCAGAUGUCCGUACUGCUGUGCGGCGUCUUCUCGCCCGGAGACGGUCGCUAGACAUCCGACGAAGUGUCGUGCUCUGGAGAGGACACUUAUGGAGGGAGAUAGGAGCGAUAUAUCGGAUGGAGGCUUAUGAUACCGCUAUAAACAUAAUUGGAUCCACUUGGGCCCGGUACUCCAGACUCGCUGGCUCUGUACUGGCGGACGAAUUCUCUCACUCGCAUGUCCCCGUGAAGACUCUCUUCGCAGACAAUUCGAUUUACUCAAUAGCGCAUGCACACUGUGAAUCUGGCCUGGAGCGGCUGAUGCUCAUCGAUACUCCGAAUCGUUUGACUCAUCUUGGGGGACCGAAGACUGUUGGAUUUGAUGUGGAAUUUAUGCGUGGUGGGGAAGAGCUUUUGUCUGAGGAGGUAUCUAUGGAUGAUGUCAUUAAAUGGGAAGAGGACGGCUGA